CAAGCCCAGAUGAAUUUAAGAGAAGAACUAACUUUGCAAGCUAAUCUGUGAUGCAGAUGCAUGUUCCCUUAUCUCCACCCCUUCUUUAUCAACGUCCUUUGUCAAAGUGAUUGACAUGGUGACUGUAUCCAACAAACAAAACCUCAACAGUCAACAAAAGGAGUUUAAAUAUGACUGGGAAACGCUGAGGAGUAACUCAACAACAGGUCUGAAGGAAUCAAGAGGCUACCUCACAAUAAUUUGAGUGAAAGUUAAUUGGUUGAAGUUAUAUGGCUGGUUGAAUUUGGAAUGGAGCGCAUGGAAGAGUUCAUUUGUCGCAACUGUAACAUGACAUUCCGGUCAUUUGGCCUUUUGGAUAAGCACAAGACCCGGUUCUGUAUUGGAAGUGAAAUAGGAGACCCAGUAAAGUUAAAGACAAGCUGUGUGGAAAUGAGACAGCCAGAGAGAGCAGCUUUGAGAGGAGUUGCCCCUAAAAGGACACAAACUCCUGAUCUUACUUCUCUGAGAGAGCAGAGGAAUCAGCUGUUGAGGCAAAAGGACAGGCAAAAGAUUGACCUUCAAGACAGUACAGCUGAGAGCCAGGUCAUCAACCAGCUCACUGUUGAGUUUCACAAGCUCAGGAUGUCAAUUGAAGAAAGCCUGUCCAGAAGACAUACAGAGAGGGUUAAUGACGAGAGGCUUCGGGAAGUGUUUGAGCACCAUGGACAGAAACUGGCUGAGAUCAGAGCACAUAACGCUCAGCUGGUGCAGCAGAGGAAAGAAAUAGAACGCAGGCUGGCAGAGUUGUCUGGUCAUGGCAAAUCAUCAGUUCAUCUGGAGGACCUGCUGCAGGAGCUGAAAGAGCAAGAGGAGAAGAAUGAAGAUAUUCUGCACCAACUCAGCACUCAGAUCAAUGGCCUACAGGGGAUGAAAGAAGCUGAUAUUUCCUCAGAUGUUCCAGAGGACAAGAAGACGCAACAUGUCACCUUUGACUUGAUCUCUGUGGAUGGCCCACUCUCCAGCCAAAUACGAUCCUUGCGGCUAGUGUACCUACAGUCAGGUGGCUCUGAUCCAGAGGUCCUGGCCCACAUGCAUGACCUUCAGGCUGAAGCUUACACACUGGAGCAGGCCAGAGUUAGAGAUGAGCACAAGGCGACAAAAAGGCGAGCAAAGACCUCUUAUCAUGCUGUGGACUCAGACCUUGUGGCAGUGGAACAUGACAACCAGAGGCUGGAGGAGGAGAUCCUCAGAUUGCAGUUGGUCAGGGACAGACACAGAAGGGAAGAGGCACUUAGUUUGGUCCAGAAGCAUCAGAUCCAUCAGUUGGCCAGGCUUCAGGCAGAGAUAUCCAGCUUGAAGAAGGAGUUGGAGAGAGGCAGGAAAGGAACUCGGGCAUUGGAUUCUACUUUGAUGCAUUCCCUAUUGGGCAAACAUGUUCCUGACCCUAUGGACAGCCUUGGUCCUGCUCCUUAUGACCCUGUGGCUGGAUUUGUCAUCUUCUAUGACAUGGUGUUGAAUGUGGAUGCCAGUUUUAGAACAGUUUAUCUGGUAGCUCGACUCUACUCUGGAGGGCAAGAGAUGGGGUGGCCCACCCCCAUGCCACCUGUCCAGUGCCAGCCUGCUGGGUCUUUGGCGUCUACAUUGAGCAGAAACCCUGGAAACUACAGCUUACUGGCUGUCAAACAGUCUGUGCCGAGGAUGCAUCCAUCUCCAGCCCUCUCUUUGAUGUUGGAACUGCAGGCUGCUGGAGGUUUAGACUCAUCUGGUCAGGAGGUCCAUGGCUUUGUUCCCAUAGGCUGGACCAGGCUGCAGCUUUUUGACCAGCACAACCAGGUUCAGAGUGGAUUUUGGAGGGUUCCAGUUCACUGUCUGCCUUUGAGGCCUUCUCUCAGUCUAGGCCAGCUCAACUCUGUUCCUCAGUUGGGCAACAUGGAGAUUUGUCUCCGUGUGGUGAAUGCUCGUGAUGGAGGUGUACAGUCUCUCACCAAGAUCGAUCCUAACAAUACCAGCCACUACAAAUUCCCACCAAUGGUGAUCUCGCACUUAUCAGCAGUCUUGGAAGCCCAAGCACCACAGCUGCCAACACUUUCAUCUCUUUCUUUACUUUCAUCACAUCCCCACACAGAUCAAAGGUGAGAAUGAGAGAUAAACCCCACCACAAUCUGAUCUGGCCUGUUGAAAUUGGCUUUGUUUUGUUGGUUAUGUUUUGUUGUCUAAUUCAUAGCAUUCUUAUUGAUAAAUCAUAAUGCAGGUGGGGAUCUCUCACUCAUCUCUGCUGAUUUGAAAGUUGCAAACAUAUUGCGUGGAUUUGUUUUUUUAGCUAAAAUAUGCUUUCCCUUUUUUUUUACUUGUUUCUACUGAGAAAUCUAGGCUGUAAAUAAAUAUUUGCCCCACUUCUUAUUUUCUCCAUCACUGCAUAUUUGUCACAGUGAAUACUUUUUUAAAUGAAUGCAAUAUUAGUGGGGAUGUAAUGACCCCAGGAUUUGAUGUGAUUCACAAAACUUGGGUUCAUGAUUUUGGUAUUGUGAUAUUUUGAACAAAAUUCAAAUGAAGAAAAAGGAUGAUAUUUUUGUACAAAUGACAUUGGAGCCAGGAGUCCGAAGGUGUGCUGGAGUGAAAUGUUGUGUUACAUAUCAUAAUGUAUAGAAUGUCCAUUCUCCACAAUUGCUUUCUAAAAUAUGCACAAUGCACAUUGUCACAAUUUUGCAUUGUUAAACCUCUAAAUAAAC